AUGAGCGAACCAAAACGUUUUAAACAUGAAUCUACACUAUUUGAACAUUUACCCAACGAACUUUUUGUUGAAAUUUUUGGUUAUUUAAAUGGUGUAGAUACUGUCUAUGCCUUUUCCCAACUUAAUGUUCGUUUUCAAUGUUUAUUAAAUCAUUAUGUAAAUAAUUUUAAUUUUAAAUUUAUAAGUAAAGCUAAAUUUAAUUAUAUUACUCAACUACAUGAUAUACAUAAAUGGCGAUCCUUAUAUCUUUCUGAUGAUGAUACUACACCAGGACAAAUAAAAUAUUUUUCUCGAUUAUUUCCACUUAAUGAAUAUACUCAACAGUUAGAAUCAUUAACUGUUUUACACAUGAAACCUGAUUAUGCUCAAGAAUUUUUAUUACAAAUUCGGUCCUUGAAUAAUCUUGUUUCAUUAUCCAUUGGACUAAUAUGUGGAUUGAAUAUUCAAUCGAUUGAAUUACCAUCAUUAAAACGGCUCGUUCUUACUUCAUGUAAGCAUACCUGUUGGAUAAAAGUGAGUGGAAUAGAUUUUUAUGAUUAA